UGAUAUCUUCAGCAAAUUUAGGGGUCAUAACUUCUCAAGGCAAAGUUGUGAUCUGUACCAUCUAAAUUUAUCAUUUAACUUGUUUAAGCCCAACAGACCCUUGGUAGAAGCCCAUCCAGCUGUAAACUUGGCCCAACCAACCUUGAACAGGAGGAGAGAACAAAAUAUACAAAGAUCUACAUUUUCUGUCAAACAUUCGAAGUUCCGAACAUCAACACAGACAAACCAACGCUCCUUCACUUCACCUUCCCGCAAUGAAUACAACACUUGCAGCAUCAAAGCGCUCAAAACUCCUCCUCUUCCGCUUGCUUAAACCCCCACCGACGUCCUACCUCCUCCAUCGUCACCUCUGCACCGAACCUAACCCCGAACCACUUCCAGCGCCACCGCAAGACGAGGAAUCAAAAAUCAUCCAAGCAGUUCAACUCCUCCUCGAAACCCCACACGAAGAAUGGUCCUCUUCUCAACCCUUGCAGUCUCUUCUCUUCUCUUCUCCUCCUCUGUCUCCUCGCUUUCUCCUCCAAAUUACUCGCCGCCUCCCCUCCUCUAGUGAAGCCCUCAAUUUCUUCAAACACCUCCAACAAAACUCUCCAUCUCAAGACACCCAAUUCCUCUCUUACCCAUUCCAAGCCGUUCUCGAACAAGCCGGUCGAGAACCCGAUUCGGCAACCAGGUUGUCUCAACUGUAUCAAGAUUCGAAACAAUGGGAAAUUCCUCUAACUGUCAACGCCGCCGUGCUUCUUAUUCGAUACUUCGGGAGACUCGAAAUGGUGGACGAAUCUCUUCUUAUUUUUAACGAACUCGACCCUACUCUUAAAAACACGCACGUUCGCAAUGUUUUGAUCGACGUUUCGUUGAGGGAUGGGCGUGUUGAUUACGCGCUCAAUGUGCUCGAUGAAAUGCUUCAACCGUUAUCCGAGGUUCCGCCGAAUGAUGUUACUGGGGAUAUUGUUUUUUACGGGUUGGUGAAGAGAGAGAGGAAAGGAAGGAAAUUAAGUGAGGAAGAGAUCAUUAAGUUGGUUCUAAAAUUUGGGGAACAUAGUGUUUUUCCGAGGACAAUUUGGCUCACCCAAUUGAUUACGAGGUUAUGUAGGAGUGGGAAAAUUAAUCAAGCUUGGGACGUGUUGCAUGAGCUGCUGAGAUUGCGUGCGCCUCUUGAAGCUGCUCCUUUCAAUGCAGUUUUGACGGGGUUAGGGAGGAGUGGAGAUGUCGAAAGAAUGAAUAUGCUUUUGGUUGAGAUGAAGGAGAGUGAUAUUCAGCCUAAUGGUGUAACUUUUGGGAUUCUUAUAAAUCAGUUAUGUAAGUCACGAAGAGUUGAUGAGGCGAUGGAGGUGUUAAACAGAAUGGGUGAAGGAACCGGGAGUGAUGAUGUUUCAGUUGAAGCUGAUAUUAUUACUUAUAAUACUUUAAUCGAUGGACUUUGUAAAGUAGGGAGGCAAGAAGAAGGGUUGCGUUUGAUGGAACGGAUGAGGUGCACUAAGGGUUUGGCACCUAAUACAGUUACUUAUAAUUGCUUGAUUGAUGGGUUUUGUAAAGUUGGAGAGAUUGAGAGGGGGAAGGAGUUGUAUGAUCGGAUGAAAGAAGAGGGAGUUUCACCUAAUGUUAUCACUCUUAACACAUUGGUGGAUGGUAUGUGCAGACAUGGGAGAACCAGUAGUGCACUUGAGUUUUUCAAUGAUAUGCAAGGGAAAGGGCUAAAGGGCAAUGCCGUUACCUAUACUACUCUAAUUAGUGCUUUCUGUAAUGUUAACAACAUAGAUAAGGCGGUUGAUUUGUUUGAUCAAUUGUUGAGAAGUGGAUGCUCUGCAGAUGCUAUUGUUUACUAUAGCUUGAUUUCUGGUUUGUGCCAAGCUGGAAGGAUGGAUGAUGCCAGCAAUGUUUUGUCAAAGUUGAAAGAAGCUGGGUUCUGCCCUGACGUUGCUUGCUACAAUGUUCUUAUUAGUGGGUUUUGCAAGAAGAACAAGAUAGAUAAAGCUUAUGAAAUCCUCAAGGAAAUGGAGGAAGCAGGAAUGAAGGUUGAUAACGUUACAUAUAACACUUUGAUUGCUUAUUUCAGCAAAAUUGGGGAAUUUGGAGUUGCUCGUAGGGUGAUGAAAAAGAUGAUUGGGGAAGGUAUUGUGCCUACUGUUGCCACAUAUGGAGCUCUUAUACAUGCAUACUGCUUAAAUGGAAAUAUUAAGGAAGCUAUGAAGCUUUUUAAGAACAUGAGUUCCAUAUCAACCAUUCCACCGAACACCAUAAUAUACAACAUUCUUAUAGAUUCUCUGUGCAAGAAUGAUGAAGUCCAACUCGCUCUCUCUAUGAUGGAUGAUAUGCAAGCAAAGGGGGUGAAGCCUAAUACCACCACAUACAAUGCAAUUCUUAAAGGCCUCAAAGAGAAGAAUUGGUUGGGAGAUGCCUUUAGAUUGAUGGACAGUAUGGUUGAGCAUGCUUGCAAUCCUGACUAUAUAACCAUGGAGAUUCUCACAGAAUGGCUUUCUGCUGUUGGUGAAUCAGAAAAGUUAAAAAGCUUCGUACAAGGAUACAAGGUUUCUACCCCUGCGGCAUAGAAUGGCUGCAAGGGGAGGAUUGUGUUCUUGGAUUGUUUUUGUGGCUUACUGUGAUGAGUUGGCCAUAGUCGGGGGAGGAGAGAUCAGAAAAUUGCCCCAUUUUGGCUGCCUACAGAGAUUUGUUCACGCUAUAAUGGCAGCAAAUAUCUUUCACUGAUUCGUGGCAGAAUCCAUCAAUUCUGUAACAACCAUACAGGGAGACUCACAUACUCCCACCGUAUGUCGCCUGUGCAGUUCUUAAUUUUGCAUCCUGCCGUGUACCAUUGAAAGUUUUGAGAACAGAGAUUUUUUAAUAAUUCA